AUGGCCAUCUUUGGGAAGAAACGAUCCGAGAAGGAUCGAUUGCAGAAGCAGGGACACCAGGACUCUCAGUCUGAUACAACGAACAAUAAUGGACUUCCCGGCCUAGUGUCGAGGUUUGUACCGCACUCACGCACAGAGAGCGAUUCACAAGGGACGCAGGCGCUGGAAGAACCGCCGAUGAUGCGAACGUCUAUUGGUGAUAUGAGCACGUCGAGUCUGCAUCGAUCAGGAUCCCUACAACACAACUCAUCGCAGCCACGAGCCUCGUCGCGUCUCUCGCGGGAGGGCAUGACACAUACGGUGGAUGGGCCUAUAUCUCAUCCACCCGAGUACGCGUCGAUAGGCAUGGGUACCGAGAGCGAAAUCCAUGCGCCUGUAAGCACUGGCGCGGCUGGGCUCUCGACGACCAACCCACUUCCGCCCACGCCGGUCAUGACGACGGACGGCACGUCCCCUGCGAUGACGUCGGCGCCGGGGCAGGCUGGCACGUCGAAGACGGACCGUGCACGACAGCCCAACGUGGUGUAUCCAUGGAGCAAGAAGGUGAUUACCAUGAAUCCGCCGCGUUUCUUGGAUGAAACACGUCGGCCGCCGCCCGGGGUGCUGAGCCCUCCGCCGUUCCCUCGCUAUGGCCAUGCUACGAAUCAGGCCACAGGACCGAAUCAGGAAGUGUUUAUCUUCGGUGGGUUGGUGCGCGAUAGCGUGAAGAACGACAUGUACAUCAUGCGCGUGGAGCCUGUGCAGAUCCAGCGGGCGAGUGGCAUUAAGAUGGACAUUGCGUUGAAUGCGACGCUCAUUCAGACGUCGGGUCAUGCGCCCUUGCCUCGUGUAGGCCAUGCAGCCGUGCUUGUAUCCAACGUAUUUAUACUAUGGGGUGGUGAUACCAAGAUCCGACCGGACGAUCCGCAAGACCAGGCGCUGUACCUCUUGAACCUCAACAACCGGGAGUGGACGCGUGUAGCCGCAGGCGGAUUGCAGGGCACGCCCGGUCCAGUGGGUCGCUACGGGCAUACCUUGUCGAUUAUUGGCUCGAAUCUGUUGGUCUUCGGCGGUCAGCUGGACGAGGAAUUCUUCAACGAGCUCUGGCGCUUCGACCUCAACAGUCUCAAAGAGACGCCGGUUUGGCAGUUGAUUCGUCCUUCGACAGCGCAAGUGCCGCCGCGUCGUACGGGCCAUUCCUCGGUCACGUACAAGGAUCGGCUGUAUAUCUUUGGCGGUACCGAUGGACAGUACCAUUACAAUGAUACAUGGUGCUUCGACUUUGCGACGCUCACAUGGACGGAGCUCAAGUGUGUUGGCUACAUCCCAGCCCCUCGUGAAGGUCAUGCAGCGUGUAUGGUCGACGAUAUUAUGUACAUCUUCGGUGGCCGUGGCGUCGAUGGUAGUGAUCUCGGCGACUUGGCUAGUUUCAAGAUCUCGAGUCAUCGCUGGUUCAUGUUUGCGCAUAUGGGCCCUGCGCCAUUUGGGCGGUCAGGUCAUUCGAUGGUGAGUGUGCAGAACCGGAUCUUGGUGAUCGGUGGUGAAGCAUUCUCGGGCGACGUGCAGGAUGAGCCGAAUGCCAUGCAUGUGCUGGACACCGCCAAGAUCAAGUACCCUGUCAAGACCGAUCGGUCGCAGGGCACGACUGGCAAAGCCCCCACGUCGUCGGAGGCGCCCACGGGCUCGGCCCUGCCGCAGGACGUGCCGACCGAAGCGGCACUGGCGGAAGGCGCAGGGGCUGCGGCGGCUGGGAUGGCCGCUACGGCUGCGACUGCGGCUGCGACCACGCACGAGCCCAAGCCGGAGCUUGUGUCUCCUGGCGAGCCAUGGUCCACGAUGCCCAACGGGCCAGCGCCGUCCACGUCGGCGCGAGAGACCUCGGCCCCCCCUGUGGCUCCUACGGAAGCGGACGUGCCUACCUCCGCAACCACGACACCGGCCACGGGCACGGAGCCGGAACUGCCUGCGCCGUCGGACCCGGUGGACGUACCAUCGCCGCCCAUGACGACAGGCGCUGCGCCGGCGUUGUAUGCGUCGCCGCCUAUGGCCACCGAGUCGCUGCCCGCGCAUGGGAAUGAGUACAUGUCCGACUCUCAGCGUGUGCCCACACCCACACCGCCAGCCAUGCUCGGCGCUCCGAUCGCCUCGGCAUCGCAGCCCACGACCCCCACGACACCUACGCCUGGGGUGACGACUAAGAUGAUUCUGCCAGGGCAGCAGGGCAUUGAGGUCAUCCCACCGCAGGCUGCGAAUGAGCCGGCGCAGGCGGAGAUUCGUCCGCUGCCCACAUCGGCCUCUACGCCGGCCAUGCCGGCGGCAGGCCGUGAAUCGCCAGCGGCGGCGGCAACCGCAACAGCAGCCGCGGCAACAGGCGUCUCUGCAGCGGCAGCACCGACGCAGUCGCCACCACCACAGCCGCCGUCGUUGCCGCCACGGUCCACGUCGAUGGCGUCGCUGCCUACGCCCAGCACCUCGACGCCGGCCCAUCGUGCAGCGCCGCCGUCAGCGGCCGUCCAUGGUAUCGGCUCGUCGCAUGACACGGCCGCCCCUACGCAGGCGCAGAGCAGUGAGCGUGAAAUGUGGCUGCUGUCCAUGCUUUCUAUGGCUGUGAAGCAGGGCUUUGUCCCACCCGCACGCGCGCCGACAUUUGACGAGGUGCUGGAUAUUGAGCAGUGGGAUACAGGCGCGGACAACAGUGUGAAAGAUGCGCAGGUGAAGAGUCUCUUGACGCUUAAGACGCAGAUCACAGCGCUUCGCUCGGAGCUUACGAAGCAAGUGCAUGUGGAAGAGAAGCGCGUCGCGACGCAGGAGCGUGCGCGUGUCGCCGCCCUGCAAGAAGCUGCGUUUUACCGUGCGAAACUCGCAGCGAACGAAAGUGGGCAUAUGGAUGAACGCGCACGUCUGGACCGCCAACGCAUCCUCCAGCUGGAGAAACUAUUGAGCAACGUGACGCGCGAGCAUGCCGAGGUGGAGCGCAAAGUCGCCAUGCUCGUUGAUCAGACCAAGUUGGAGUCGCGCUUGCGGCAGUUGGCAGAGGAUCGGUUGGCGGAGACAACCAAGCGAGCCCUCGCCGCGGAAGAGUCGCAGUUGAAAGUGUACGAAGAGUAUUCGGCGCUACAGAAGCAUUCGUACGAGACGGAGGCCAUGCUACGGGAUCAUGCUGCACAAAUCUCGACGCUGACUUCGCGCCUGGCUGCGCAGCAAGUCGAGCGCGAUACGCUGGAAGACAAGGUAUCGACGUCCGCGCGCUCGGCCGAUACGAGUCGUGCGAUGCUCGCACAGCUGCAGGAGGCCUUGACGGCGGCGCAUGCGCGGGCCGCAGAGUACGAGCGGCAGCGCAGUGAGCACCAGCGCCAAACCGAGUCGCAGGCGCAGCUCGUGCAGGAACUGCGUCGGGACUUGCAGGCCAAGACCAACGAGCUCGAUGCGAUGACGCAGCAGUACGAGCAGCAGUCCCAUGACCUGAUGGACAUGCAGUCGAUGGUGAACAACUUGCAGCGCGAGGCGCAGGCGAAUCGCGAGGCAGCGACGGGCGGCCUGGCGCAGCUCUUGGCAAUGCAGCAGGCUGGCCAGGGGCUGCAUGAUGCAUCGGGCGAUGCGACGCGCGAUACGAAUGUAUCGCAUGCCUCGCAUCUGCAGGCGCUGCAAGACGAGGCGCAGCAGCUGCGUCAGCUGCACGACGAAUCGCGUACCUCGCUGACCAACAUGGCGGCGGCGCUGCAGCAGGCGACAGAGCGUGGCAACCAGCUGCAGCGUACGAACAACAAGCUGUUCGCCGAAGUCACGACGCAGCGCAAGCAACUUUCCGAGGCACUGCAUGAGCUGGCCAUGCUGCGUGAUCAAUCACAGACGUCGCGGGCCGACGACGUGCAUCAUGCACGCGAGCUCGAGGCGGCGCAGAUCCGCAAUUUGGCGCUGCGACAACUGCUCCACGAGAACCAUGUCGAUGUGCCAGACGACGAGACGCUCGCCGAGCCCGAGUUCCUGCAGUCGCGCCGCACAGCCGCGCUCCAGCGCGAGCUGGAAUCCCACAAGCGCGCUGCAGAACGCAAUGCGUUGGAUCUACAGCGCGCACAGGACCAGCUGCAUCGCCUUGGACAGGAAUGGGAAUCCCACCGCCGCCAAGGCAUCGGCUCACGUCAGGAAAUCGAGACACUGCGCCGACGUGCCGAGGAAGCCGAGCGUCGUCUGAUGGAGGCGACCGAGGCGCACGAGCAGCGCACGUCGCAGCUGGAAAACGACUACCUCACAGCUGUCCAAUUUGUGCGCAACACUGAGAACAUGCUUCGCCGAUUGAAGGACGAGCAUCUCAAACUGCGUCAGGAUAAUGCUGAGCUGCGGGCGAUGUCCGCCUCGUCCUAUCGCAGUCCCUAA